AUGUCAUUGAAAUUACCACAAGCACCUAAUUCAGGCUUGUUUAAGAAGGGAUACUCCUCGUACUCGAAUGAAGAUGGAGCAAUAACAAGAAAUGUCGAAGCAGUACGUGAAAUUGCCACAAUUUUGCAAACUUCAAUGGGACCAAGUGGGAGAAAUAAGAUCAUUGUCAACAAGCUUGGUAGGAAAUUCAUCACCAAUGAUGCUGCCACUAUGAUUAAUGAAUUGGAAAUUGUUCAUCCAGUAGUAAAGAUCCUAAUCAUGGCUUCAAAACAACAAGAAUUUGAAAUGGGUGAUAAUACCAAUCUUGUCAUUAUAUUAGCUGGAGAAUUUUUAAAUGUUGCUGAGAAGUUAUUGAGUUUAGGUUUGAAUGUAUCCGAAAUCAUUCAAGGGUUCAAUUUGGCUAAUAAAUUCGUUUUAGAAACAUUGGAUAAAUUGGUUGUUGAUAAAAUUUCAUCAUUUGAAACUGAUUUAAUCAAAGCUGUUAAACCAGUAAUUUCAGCAAAACAAUAUGGUGUUGAAGAUACAAUUUCCAAAUUGGUGGUGAAAGCAGUACAGUCAGUAGUCAACCCCAAGAACCCAGCAAAUUUUAACGUUGAUGGAAUUAGGGUAGUUAAAAUUAUGGGAUCUUCAUUAUCUCAAUCUGAAGUUGUUAAAGGUAUGGUUUUCCCUAGAGAACCAGAAGGAUCAGUUAAAAAUGUCACCAAUUCAAAAGUUGCUGUAUUUACAUGUCCAAUUGAUAUAUCAACCACUGAAACUAAAGGGACGGUAUUGUUACAUAAUGCACAAGAAAUGCUUGAUUUUACAAAAGGUGAAGAACAACAAUUGGAUCAAAUGUGUAAAGAAAUUAAUGAUUCUGGUGCAAAAGUUGUUGUUGCUGGAUCCAAUGUUGGUGAAUUGGCAUUACAUUAUUUAAACAAGUAUGGUAUAUUGGUAUUGCGUGUACCUUCGAAAUUCGAUUUAAGAAGAAUUUGUCAAGUUUGUGGAGCUACUCCAUUACCUAGAUUAGGUGCUCCAACACCCGAUGAAAUGGGUGAAAUUGAUGUAAUUGAAACUAAAGAAAUUGGCGGUGAUCGAGUCACCAUAUUCAGACAAAGUGAAUCUAGUUCAAGAACAGCAACAAUUGUAGUCCGUGGAGCUACUCAAAACAACUUGGAUGAUGUUGAAAGAGCCAUUGAUGAUGGUGUAAGUUCAAUAAAGGGAUUACUUAAGGAUAAUAGACUAUUACCUGGUGCAGGUGCAAUUGAAAUUGAAUUGUCAAAACGUGUUACUCAAUAUGGAGAAACCACACCUGGUUUAAACCAAUUGGCUAUCAAAUCAUUUGCUAAAGCUUUUGAAGUUGUUCCUCGAGUACUUGCAGAAACAUCAGGAUUCGAUUCGACCGAAGUGAUUAGUAAGUUGUAUGCUGCCCAUGCUGAUGAUAGUGGGAAAGAAGGUUUGAAACAAGGUUUGAAUAUUGAUACGGGAGAUGUUGAAGAUACUGGCGUAUUAGAUGUCUUGGCUACAAAGAAAUCAGCUAUUGAUUUAGCUGUUGAAGCUACAAAUACGAUCUUGUCUAUUGACCAAAUAAUAAUGGCCAAGAGAGCUGGUGGACCAGUAAUGCCACAGCAACCAAGACCUGGAAAUUGGGAUCAAGAUGAUUAA